CAGAAAAUAGAGAUGGAGAGACAGAAGAAAGAGAUGGAGGAGCAACAGAAAAGAGAGAUGGAGUUGAGACAGAAUAGAGAGAUGGAGGAGAAACAGAAAAAAGAGAUGGAGAGACAAAAGAGAGAGAUGGAGGAGAAACAGAAAAGAGAGACAGAGAGACAGAAGAGACAGAUGGAGGAGAAACAGAAAAUAGAGAUGGAGAGACAAAAGAGAGAGAUGGAGGAGAAACAGAAAAGAGAGAUUGAGGAGAAUCAGAAAAGAGAGAUGGAGAGACAAAAGAGAGAGAUGGAGGAGAAACAGAAAAGAGAGAUGGAGGAGAAACAGAAAAGAGAGAUGGAGGAGAAACAAAAAAGAGAGAUGGAGAGACAGAAGAAAGAGAUGGAGGAGAAACAGAAAAGAGAGAUGGAGAGACAGAAGAGAGAGAUGGAGGAGAAACAGAAAAGAGAGAUGGAGGAGAAACAGAAAAGAGAGAUGGAGAGACAGAAGAAAGAGAUGGAGGAGCAGCAGAAAAGAGAGAUGGAAUUGAGACACAAGAGAGAGAUGGAGGAGAAUCAGAAAAGAGAGAUGGAGAGACAGAAGAGAGAGAUGGAGGAGAAACAGAAAAGAGAGAUGGAGGAGAAACAGAAAAGAGAGAUGGAGAGACAGAAGAGAGAGAUGGAGGAGAAACAGAAUAGAAAGAUGGAGGAGGAACAGAAUAGAGAGAUGGAGAGACAGAAGAGAGAGAUGGAGGAACAGAAAAGAGAGAUGGAGUUGAGACACAAGAGAGAGAUGGAGGAGCAACAGAAAAGAGAGAUGGAGAGACAGAAUAGAGAGAUGGAGGAGAAACAGAAAAGAGAGAUGGAUAGACAGAAGAGAGAGAUGGAGGAGAAACAGAAAAGAGAGAUGGAGAGACAGAAGAGAGAGAUGGAGGAGAAACAGAAAAGAGAGAUGGAGGAGAAACAAAAAAGAGAGAUGGAGAGACAGAAGAAAGAGAUGGAGGAGAAACAGAAAAUAGAGAUGGAGAGACAGAAGAAAGAGAUGGAGGAGCAACAGAAAAGAGAGAUGGAGUUGAGACAGAAUAGAGAGAUGGAGGAGAAACAGAAAAAAGAGAUGGAGAGACAAAAGAGAGAGAUGGAGGAGAAACAGAAAAGAGAGACAGAGAGACAGAAGAGACAGAUGGAGGAGAAACAGAAAAUAGAGAUGGAGAGACAAAAGAGAGAGAUGGAGGAGAAACAGAAAAGAGAGAUUGAGGAGAAUCAGAAAAGAGAGAUGGAGAGACAAAAGAGAGAGAUGGAGGAGAAACAGAAAAGAGAGAUGGAGGAGAAACAGAAAAGAGAGAUGGAGGAGAAACAAAAAAGAGAGAUGGAGAGACAGAAGAAAGAGAUGGAGGAGAAACAGAAAAGAGAGAUGGAGAGACAGAAGAGAGAGAUGGAGGAGAAACAGAAAAGAGAGAUGGAGGAGAAACAGAAAAGAGAGAUGGAGAGACAGAAGAAAGAGAUGGAGGAGCAGCAGAAAAGAGAGAUGGAAUUGAGACACAAGAGAGAGAUGGAGGAGAAUCAGAAAAGAGAGAUGGAGAGACAGAAGAGAGAGAUGGAGGAGAAACAGAAAAGAGAGAUGGAGGAGAAACAGAAAAGAGAGAUGGAGAGACAGAAGAGAGAGAUGGAGGAGAAACAGAAUAGAAAGAUGGAGGAGGAACAGAAUAGAGAGAUGGAGAGACAGAAGAGAGAGAUGGAGGAACAGAAAAGAGAGAUGGAGUUGAGACACAAGAGAGAGAUGGAGGAGCAACAGAAAAGAGAGAUGGAGAGACAGAAUAGAGAGAUGGAGGAGAAACAGAAAAGAGAGAUGGAUAGACAGAAGAGAGAGAUGGAGGAGAAACAGAAAAGAGAGAUGGAGAGACAGAAGAGAGAGAUGGAGGAGAAACAGAAAAGAGAGAUGGAGGAGAAACAAAAAAGAGAGAUGGAGAGACAGAAGAAAGAGAUGGAGGAGAAACAGAAAAUAGAGAUGGAGAGACAGAAGAAAGAGAUGGAGGAGCAACAGAAAAGAGAGAUGGAGUUGAGACAGAAUAGAGAGAUGGAGGAGAAACAGAAAAAAGAGAUGGAGAGACAAAAGAGAGAGAUGGAGGAGAAACAGAAAAGAGAGACAGAGAGACAGAAGAGACAGAUGGAGGAGAAACAGAAAAUAGAGAUGGAGAGACAAAAGAGAGAGAUGGAGGAGAAACAGAAAAGAGAGAUUGAGGAGAAUCAGAAAAGAGAGAUGGAGAGACAAAAGAGAGAGAUGGAGGAGAAACAGAAAAGAGAGAUGGAGGAGAAACAGAAAAGAGAGAUGGAGGAGAAACAAAAAAGAGAGAUGGAGAGACAGAAGAAAGAGAUGGAGGAGAAACAGAAAAGAGAGAUGGAGAGACAGAAGAGAGAGAUGGAGGAGAAACAGAAAAGAGAGAUGGAGGAGAAACAGAAAAGAGAGAUGGAGAGACAGAAGAAAGAGAUGGAGGAGCAGCAGAAAAGAGAGAUGGAAUUGAGACACAAGAGAGAGAUGGAGGAGAAUCAGAAAAGAGAGAUGGAGAGACAGAAGAGAGAGAUGGAGGAGAAACAGAAAAGAGAGAUGGAGGAGAAACAGAAAAGAGAGAUGGAGAGACAGAAGAGAGAGAUGGAGGAGAAACAGAAUAGAAAGAUGGAGGAGGAACAGAAUAGAGAGAUGGAGAGACAGAAGAGAGAGAUGGAGGAACAGAAAAGAGAGAUGGAGUUGAGACACAAGAGAGAGAUGGAGGAGCAACAGAAAAGAGAGAUGGAGAGACAGAAUAGAGAGAUGGAGGAGAAACAGAAAAGAGAGAUGGAUAGACAGAAGAGAGAGAUGGAGGAGAAACAGAAAAGAGAGAUGGAGAGACAGAAGAGAGAGAUGGAGGAGAAACAGAAAAGAGAGAUGGAGGAGAAACAAAAAAGAGAGAUGGAGAGACAGAAGAAAGAGAUGGAGGAGAAACAGAAAAUAGAGAUGGAGAGACAGAAGAAAGAGAUGGAGGAGCAACAGAAAAGAGAGAUGGAGUUGAGACAGAAUAGAGAGAUGGAGGAGAAACAGAAAAAAGAGAUGGAGAGACAAAAGAGAGAGAUGGAGGAGAAACAGAAAAGAGAGACAGAGAGACAGAAGAGACAGAUGGAGGAGAAACAGAAAAUAGAGAUGGAGAGACAAAAGAGAGAGAUGGAGGAGAAACAGAAAAGAGAGAUUGAGGAGAAUCAGAAAAGAGAGAUGGAGAGACAAAAGAGAGAGAUGGAGGAGAAACAGAAAAGAGAGAUGGAGGAGAAACAGAAAAGAGAGAUGGAGGAGAAACAAAAAAGAGAGAUGGAGAGACAGAAGAAAGAGAUGGAGGAGAAACAGAAAAGAGAGAUGGAGAGACAGAAGAGAGAGAUGGAGGAGAAACAGAAAAGAGAGAUGGAGGAGAAACAGAAAAGAGAGAUGGAGAGACAGAAGAAAGAGAUGGAGGAGCAGCAGAAAAGAGAGAUGGAAUUGAGACACAAGAGAGAGAUGGAGGAGAAUCAGAAAAGAGAGAUGGAGAGACAGAAGAAAGAGAUGGAGCAACAGAAAAGAGAGAUGGAGUUGAGACAGAAUAGAGAGAUGGAGGAGAAACAGAACAAAGAGAUGGAGAGACAGAAGAGAGAGAUGGAGGAGAAACAGAAAAGAGAGAUGGAGGAGAAACAGAAAAGAGAGAUGGAGAGACAGAAGAGAGAGAUGGAGGAGAAACAGAAUAGAAAGAUGGAGGAGGAACAGAAUAGAGAGAUGGAGAGACAGAAGAGAGAGAUGGAGGAACAGAAAAGAGAGACGGAGUUGAGACACAAGAGAGAGAUGGAGGAGCAACAGAAAAGAGAGAUGGAGAGACAGAAUAGAGAGAUGGAGGAGAAACAGAAAAGAGAGAUGGAUAGACAGAAGAGAGAGAUGGAGGAGAAACAGAAAAGAGAGAUGGAGAGACAAAAGAGAGAGAUGGAGGAGAAACAGAAAAGAGAGAUGGAGAGACAGAAUAGAGAGAUGGAGGAGAAACAGAAAAGAGAGAUGGAGGUGAAACAGAAAAUAGUGAUGGAGAGACAGAAGAAAGAGAUGGAGGAGCAACAGAAAAGAGAGAUGGAGUUGAGACAGAAUAGAGAGAUGGAGGAGAAACAGAAAAAAGAGAUGGAGAGACAAAAGAGAGAGAUGGAGGAGAAACAGAAAAGAGAGACAGAGAGACAGAAGAGACAGAUGGAGGAGAAACAGAAAAUAGAGAUGGAGAGACAAAAGAGAGAGAUGGAGGAGAAACAGAAGAGAGAGAUGGAGGAGAAACAGAAAAGAGAGAUGGAGAGACAAAAGAGAGAGAUGGAUGAGAAACAGAAAAGAGAGAUGGAGAGACAGAAGAGAGAGAUGGAGGAGAAACAGAAAAGAGAGAUGGAGGAGAAACAGAAAAGAGAGAUGGAGAGACAGAAGAAAGAGAUGGAGGAGCAGCAGAAAAGAGAGAUGGAAUUGAGACACAAGAGAGAGAUGGAGGAGAAUCAGAAAAGAGAGAUGGAGAGACAGAAGAAAGAGAUGGAGCAACAGAAAAGAGAGAUGGAGUUGAGACAGAAUAGAGAGAUGGAGGAGAAACAGAAAAGAGAGAUGGAGAGACAAAAGAGAGAGAUGGAGGAGAAACAGAAAAGAGAGAUGGAGGAGAAACAGAAGAGAGAGAUGGAGGAGAAACAGAAUAGAGAGAUGGAGGAGAAACCGAAAAGAGAGAUGGAGAGACAAAAGAGAGAGAUGGAGGAGAAACAGAAAAGAGAGAUGGAGGAGAAACAGAAAAGAGAGAUGGAGAGACGGAAUAGAGAGAUGGAGGAGAAACAGAAAAGAGAGAUGGAGAGACAGAAGAGAGAGAUGGAGGAGAAACAGAAAAGAGAGACAGAGAGACAGAAGAGACAGAUGGAGGAGAAACAGAAAAUAGAGAUGGAGAGACAAAAGAGAGAGAUGGAGGAGAAACAGAAAAGAGAGAUUGAGGAGAAUCAGAAAAGAGAGAUGGAGAGACAAAAGAGAGAGAUGGAGGAGAAACAGAAAAGAGAGAUGGAGGAGAAACAGAAAAGAGAGAUGGAGAGACAGAAUAGAGAGAUGGAGGAGCAACAGAAAACAGAGAUGGAUAGACAGAAGAGAGACAUGGAGGAGAAACAGAAAAGAGAGAUGGAGAGACAAAAGAGAGAGAUGGAGGAGAAACAGAAAAGAGAGAUGGAGGAGAAACAGAAAAGAGAGAUGGAGAGACGGAAUAGAGAGAUGGAGGAGAAACAGAAAAGAGAGAUGGAGAGACAGAAGAGAGAGAUGGAGGAGAAACAGAAAAGAGAGAUGGAGGAGAAACAGAAAAGAGAGAUGGAGAGACAGAAGAAAGAGAUGGAGGAGAAACAGAAAAGAGAGAUGGAGUUGAGACACAAGAGAGAGAUGGAGGAGAAACAGAAAAGAGAGAUGGAGAGACAGAAGAGAGAGAUGGAGGAGAAACAGAAAAGAGAGAUGGAGAGACAAAAGAGAGAGAUGGAGGAGAAACAGAAAAGAGAGAUGGAGAGACAGAAGAGAGAGAUG